ACCAAUCAAUUCCGACUGUACAGUACAAUGCUUAUCCAAACGCGAACCACCACCACGGCAGCCUUAUGGCUCGCCUACGCCAGCAGCCCCAUCGCAGCAAUCCCAAGCUCUUAUUCUACUUCUGCCCCUAAUGCGACUGCGCAACUCCGCACCUGGCCUGCUGAGGCAGCGCAAGCCCUUGGGAAUAUGAUUACACGAAAUGCGAACCAAAGCAACUACGCAGUCUUCGAUAUGGACAACACCAGCUACAAGAACGAUCUUGAAGAGUCGCUGCUUCCAUUCUUGGAAAAUCGCGGCAUCCUUACUCGCGACAAUCUGGACCCCAGUUUGAAAUUGAUCGACUUCAAGGAUACUGCCAAUUUCACCGAAUCGCUAUACAGUUAUUAUAACCGACUGUGCGAGGUUGAUGAUAUGGUUUGCUAUCCUUGGGCAGCUCAGGUCUGGUCCGGUUUCACCCUUCGAGAGUUGAAGGGCUACGUGGAUGAGCUCAUGGCUCUCAACACAUCGAUCCCGACUCAGUAUUGGGAUGGCGAUGAAGUCACCACGAGUAGCGUAGACCCGCCCAAAAUCUUCACUGGUCAGGUGGAGCUCUACAACACCCUCAUGGCCCAUGGCAUCGAUGUAUACGUCAUCAGUGCCGCGCACGAGGAACUGGUGCGAAUGGUUGCAAGCGACCCCAAGUAUGGGUACAAUGUGCCUCCGCAGAACGUCAUUGGCGUCACCACUAUGCUGCGCAAUGCUACCUCGGGACACCUCACGACUGCGCGGAAACAGAUCACAGAGGGCAAUUACGACCCUGAGGCCAACAUGGAUCUUGUCCUAGGGCCUUACCUAUGGACACCUGCUACGUGGUUCUCUGGGAAAUGGGCUGCUAUUCUCACGUACAUUGAUCAGUGGAAGAGACCUAUACUGGCAGGAGGCGAUACACCUGGAAGCGAUACUUAUAUGCAUAUCCAUGGUGUUGAUACCGACAAAGGAGGCAUUCAUUUGUGGAUCAACCGGAAGGAGAAGUACUUCGAGGAGCUACAGAAAAUCAUUGCGGAGGAUGCGGAGGGGCAGAGAGCAAACAAUAGAGAGGUCACGGCGGACAAGAACUGGGUUGUUGUGAAGCCGGAAGAUAUCUUGUAG